AUGCGCCUCCUGCUGCUGGCCGUGCUGCUGUGCUUCUCGGUGGCGCGGGGGGGCUGCGAGCCCAAGGUGGUGAACAUCGGGGCGGUGCUGAGCACCAAGAGGCACGAGCAGGUCUUCCGCGAGGCCAUCAACCAGGCCAACAAGCGCCAUGGCACCUGGAAGAUCCAGCUCAACGCCACCUCCGUCACCCACAAGCCCAACGCCAUCCAGAUGGCCCUCUCCGUCUGCGAGGACCUCAUCUCCAGCCAGGUAGCCGCACCGCGCCGCCCAAGAACCCCCUAGGGACUCCUCCUCGACGUGAUGGGCCAAGCUCUUGACCUGGUGGACUGGUUGGCCACAGAAAGGACCACCCAGUGACCCCUGGAUCCUGUGGACUGUGGGCUUGGGGCACCAACCUAGGAACCUGCAGGCCACAGAGAUCAACAUAGGGACCCUACUGCCCUAAGGACUGGCCUAGGGACCCCAUGGUUCUACUCAGGACUGGCCAAGGACCUCUUGUCCCUAUGGUCCAGACUGUGGGCUUGGGGCACCAACCUAGGGAGCCCUUGGCUUUAGAAACCAACCUAGGGAACCUUCAGCCCUAAGAGACGACCAGAGGCCCCUUGGCCCUACUAUUGAGCACCCAGGGACCCUAUGGAUCAGGCUUGGGGGGCCAGCCCAGGGAGCCCUUGGCUUUAGAAACCAACCUAGGGAACCUUCAGCUCUAAGGACUGGCCUAGGGACUUCUUGACCCUACUAAGGGCCAGCCAACAACUCCUUGACCCUAUGAACCAGCCUCUUGGCUUGGGGGGCACCAGCCCAGGGACAACCCCUCUUUCUUUCUUUCUCUCGCUCCCCCUCUCUUUAUUUUUUCUCCUUCUCUGCCACCUCCCUCCCUCUCUCUAUUUCUUUCUCUCCCCCCUUUCCCUCUUUAUUUCUCUCCUUACCUCUCUCCCCCUCUUUCUCCCUCUUUUUCUAUCCCUCCCUCUCUUUCUUUUCUCUCUCUUUCUCUCUUUUGCUCUUUAUUUCUCCCCCUCUCUCCCCUCUCUAUUUCUCUACUUUUUUCUCUUCCUCCCUCGCUCCCCUCUCUUUCUCUCUUUAUUUUUUCUCCUUCUCUACCUCCCACUCCCUCCCUCUUUAUUUUUCUUUCUCUCCCUCUCUUUCACUCUUUCCCCCUCUUUAUUUCUCUCUCCCCUCUCUUGUUCUCUCUUUAUUUUUUCUCCUUCCUCCCGCUCCCCCUCCCUCUCUCCCUCUUUCUCCCUCUUCUUCUAUCCCUCCCUCCCCCUCUCUCUCUUUCUGUCUUUCUCUCUUUAUUUGUCCCCUCCCUCUUUCUCUCCCUUAUUUUCUCUCCCCCCUUGCUCCCCCUCUCUUUCUCUCUUUACUUUUUCUCCUCCUCUCCCUGUCUCUGCCUACCCUCUUUCUUUUUCUUUCUCUCUCUCUCUCUUUAUUUCUCUCCCUACCUUCCCCCCUUUCUCUCCCCUUUUCCUCCCUCUCUCCCCCUCUUUCUCUCUAUAGUUUUUCUUCUCCUCUCCCUCUUUCUUUUUCUUUCUCUCCCUCUCUUUCUCUCCCUCUCUUUCCCUCUUUAUUUCUUAUCCUACCUCUCUCCCCUCUCUCAUUUUCUCCCUCCCUCCCUUGCUCUCCCCUCUCUUUUCUCUUUUUCUCCUUCUCUCCCCCCUCCCUCCCUCCCUCUUACACACCCACAUAUUGGGACCUUAAAAAUACCCCAACACAGCCCAUUUCCCAAGGAACAAACCGGGUCCCCAAGUCAUCAAAUGGUGCUAUUUUGACCCCAUUUACAUCUCAUUUGGGAUCUCCUUUGAAGCCACCCAAAUUGCAGACCUGAUCGACAUUUACAGACUUCCUUCUUCCCCCAAACGGAGCAGAAAAGGCCAUUUAUAGGAGAAGCCAGCAAAGGGAGGAGGAAGUUUCCAUGGAAACGCCAUCUCAGUUGCUUCCAUAGGGUUGGCUCCUUCCAUCGAUUGCUCUUCGUCUCCUUCUCGCCAGACCAUUUCAUCAUAAAUGGUCCCUGGAGGGGAAAUGGCAUUUAGGCCUUUAAUGUGCGGUUAAGGAAAUCAUAUUAUCUUGCAAUCUGGCUCGGCCGGCUUCUCUCUCCGCCUGUCAAAGCCUGGGCAUUCGAGGAUGUCCAUAAUUUAAUGGGAGAAACGUUGGAGGGGAAUGGCUUCUUGUUGUUAUUGUUGAGUCAUUUAGUCAUGUCCGAUUCUUUGCGACCCCAUGGACCAGAGCACGCCAGGCCCUCCUGUCUUCCACUGCUUCCCACAAUUUGGUCAAACUCAUGUUGGUCGCUUCGAGAACACUGUCCCACCAUCUCAUCCUCUGUCUCCUUGUGCCCUCCUCCUUGCGCCGUCCAUCUUUCCCAACAUCAGGGUCUUUUCCAGGUGGCCAAAGUCUUGAAGCGUCAGCUUCAGGAUCUGUCCUUCCCGUGAGCACUCAGGGCUGAUUUCCUUCAGAAUAGGUCUGUUGGAUCUUCUUACAGUCCAUGGGACUCUCAAGAGACUCCUCCAGCACCAGAAUUCAAAAGCAUCCAUUCUUUGGCGAUCAGCCUUCUUGAUGGUCCAGCUCUCACUUCCAUACAUCACUAGUGGGAAAACCAUAGCUUGAACUAUAUGGAUCUUUGUCAGCAAGGUGAUAGGACAUCCAUAAUUUCAUGGGAGAAAUGGCGGAAGGGAUAGUAGGAUGUCCAUAUUUUCAUGGGGAAAACGUCAGAGGGGAUGGUAGAACGUCCAUAAUUUCAUGGGAGAAACAUCAGAGGGGAAUGUUAGGACGUCCGUAAUUCCAUGGGGAAAACGUCUCUCCCACAGGUCUACGCCAUCUUGGUGAGUCACCCGCCGGCUCCCAACGACCACCUCACACCGACGCCAGUGUCAUACACUGCUGGCUUCUACCGGAUCCCGGUCAUUGGCUUGACCACGCGCAUGUCCAUCUACUCGGACAAGGUAAGCCCACAGCUCCCGCUGGUCGGGACCCGCCGUUCUCCUGGACAUCUGGCGGGAGAAGGCCUUGAUACAGCCAUUCGUUCUUCUCAGGAGUCAAUGUCCAUCCGUCCGUCUGGAGAUCUUUCCCAUUGGCUUCCUAAAGAGGCCCUUCCACUGCGCAGGAGGGCUGUUUUCCACAAUGUUUCCCAGGUCCCCUUCCAAGGUAGCCCCAUGGAGAAAGCAGGGCAGUAGACCAAGCAGAUGGCCAGGUCUUGGAUGGAGCUGGUAUUAGAGAUGUUCUUCCACCCCAGGGGAGGGAUGUUCCUCAAUCUCAUCUUCGAGUCACCUUCCCAUGGAGACAGCAGGAGAUGAGCAGAGGAUGGACCUCUCUGGAGAAGCAGGUGGGGUCUCAAGAUGGAACUUCUCCAGAGGCUCCUUCCACCCUGUAGGAGGGAUGGCGCUUCAACCCAGACGCCCCCGCUUGGUCCGCAGUGACGCUCCCUCUGGCUCCUUCUCUCCCCAGAGUAUCCAUCUUUCGUUCCUCCGCACGGUCCCUCCUUACUCUCACCAGUCCAAUGUCUGGUUUGAGAUGAUGCGCUUCUACAAAUGGAACCACAUCAUCCUCAUCGUCAGCGAUGACCACGAGGGCCGGGCGGCCCAGAAGAAGCUGGAGACCCUCCUGGAGGAGAAAGAGUCCAAGGUCAGUAGCUUCCCGCCACCCACGCUCUUCUCGAAAGUCUUGCGCUUUGUCAUCCGUGUGUAGAUUGACAUCUGUAAAUACACCUUCUCUCUCUUCUUCCCAUUGUUAAACAUGACCCACAUUGUGCUCUUAGGCGCUGGCCAUCUAAGUCCCUGACCAAAGUUUGUUACUCUUUAUUCAUUUCACUUGCUUUGCCAUGGUUGAAAAAAACCGAAAUCUCCGACUACAUUAAAAAAAAAUGAAAUCCAAAAUCCAAAAGAGGCAAAAACGGGGAGACGAGGGGGGAGACGUAACCUGGAGCUGGGCCAAAAACCCAUUUCCUUAUUGGAAGAGAGUGUCUAGGAGAGUAGGCUUGGAUCAUGGACUUGGGAAGGAGCUGAAAGGGUUGUAUGAUCCAACCAAGGCAGGAAUCUCAACAUAGAAUCAUAGAGUUGGAAGAGACCUGGAAGGGUUGUCUGGUCCAAACAAUGCAGGCAACUCAACAUAGAAUCAUGGAAUGGUUGUCUGGUUCAACCAAGGCAGGAACCUCAAGAUGGAAUCAUAGAGUUGGGAAGGAGCCCCAAGAGAGACUUGUGAGGCAGGGAUAGGCAGCUCCCUUUACCUUCUUCCUUCCUCUUUUCCAUAGAAGCUCAUGGUCAAUGCAACAAUCUGAUUAGUCUUAAUGGUCAUAAUUUUGUCAUCUAUACCCCCACCCAUCAGACUGGGUUGCCCCAGACACUCCAACAUCUAGAAGAACACCAUAAAAGGUCCAAUCGUCCACAACUUCCCCGAUCCCAGCUUCUCCUGAAGGUCCAGUUCCUUCUCUCCUGGGUUGGGGGCCCGCGUGGCUCCAUCCUCUCUGACAUUUCUACGGUGGAAGUGGCGGAGCGGGGCUUUGAAGCCGAGCCUCCUUGGUGUGUGGUGUGAGCGGUGGCUCCACGUCAGCCAAGCCAACAUAUAUGGGAAGCCUUCCUAGAUCAGACCAAAGGCAGGACAUCCGGUCCAUGGUCCUCUUCUCAGUGGCCGUCGAGAAUCCUGCAAGGAGGAAGGAGCUGAGGGUGGCCGCCUUGCCCCCGCUUUUCACUCCAAGCGGCCAGCAUUCAGAGGUCUACCAACAUUUGGGAAGAGGGACAACCCACCAUCCCCUCCAACAUUUCUCCCAUGAAAAUGUCCAGCUGCCCUCAGAAACUCGCAAGGUACCUUCACCGAUUUAAAGGAGAGGAAGAACUUGCAUGAAGCUCCAAGGAAACUUCCUAGGAAAUCCCCAUAGGAGAUCUUGUAGGAAACGUCUUAGGAAACUUUGUAGGAAAUUUAAUAGGAAAACCCCAUAGGAAACCUGGUCAGGAACCCCCAUCAGAAACUUUUUAAGAAGCCCCUCUAGUAACCCCCAGAGGAAUCCUUCUAGGAAACUUUUUAGUAACUUUAUAGGAAACUUUGCGGGAAAGUUUGUAGGAAAUUUAAUAGGAAACCUUGAAGGAAACUUAAUAGGAAACUUUGUAGGAAAAGAUGCAGGAAAUUCAACAGGAAACUUUCAAGGAAACUUAAUAGGAACCCUUGUAGGAAACUUUGUAGGAAACUUAAUAGGAAACUUUGCAAGAAACGUAAUAGGAAACUUUGUAGGAAACUUAAUAGGAAACCUUGUAGGAAACUUAGUAGGAAACCUUGUAGGAAACUUAAUAGGAAACUUUGCAGGAAACGUAAUAGGAAACCUUGUAGAAAACCUAGUAGGAAACCUUGUAGGAAACUUAGUAGGAAACCUUGUAGGAAACUUAGUAGGAAACCUUGUAGGAAAGUUUGUAGGAAACUUAAUAGGAAACCUUGUAGGAAACUGUGCAGGAAAUUGAAUAGGAAACCUUGUAGGAAACUUAAUAGGAAACCUUGUAGGAAAUUUUGCAGGAAAACUUGUAGGAAACUUAAUAGGAAAAUUUGUAGGAAAAUUUGCAGAAAAUUUAACAGGAAACUUUGAAGGAAACUUAAUAGGAAACCUUGUAGGAAACUUAGUAGGAAACCUUGUAGGAAACUUAGUAGGAAACCUUGUAGGAAACUUAGUAGGAAACUUAAUAGGAAACUUAAUAGGAAACCUUGUUGGAAAGUUUGUAGGAAAAUUAAUAGGAAACUUUGCAGGAAACUUAAUAGGAAACCUUCUAGGAAACUGUGCAGGAAACUGAAUAGGAAACCUUGUAGGAAACUUUGCAGGAAACCUUGUUGGAAACUUAAUAGGAAACCUUGUUGGAAAGUUUGUAGGAAACUUUGCAGGAAACUGAAUAGAAAAGCUUGUAGGGGUUUUUCCCCGCUCCUCUGUUACACCCCACCCCCACCCCGGAUCAGGAGGAGUUGGAUAUUUGAUUUGCUUUGAGUGCCCGUCUUUCUUCUUUCAACUGUUUAUAAUCUUCUUCUGUGUCUGCAUAUUUUCUCUGUGCACAUUAUCCAUCAGAGUAAAAAAAGGAGCUUUGACAGCCUCGAACCGCUAUCCUUUGACAACAAGCGAGGACCCAAGGUAUAUUUGCAUGGAAAUGCACGCCGCCCACCAACCUAACGAGCAAAAAAAUUAAAAUAAAAAAUUCAUAAAAUUCAUCAAUCAGGCCGCCUAGGCCCAAGGGCACCCCACAAAAAAUCAGAAUAAAUUUUAGAGAGAUAUAUACAUAUAUAUUAUUUUUUUAAGGGGAAAAAAAUAAAAAUAUCUCUGGAGCCAGCAAGCAGACUCCAUUGGGGGUUUUUUUGGGUCGCACGUUCUUUUCCGUUGAGAUAUGCUUGGUUUGAGCUUGAGUUUGAGGAGCAAUCCCAUCCUGGACGUCUUUCUUCGGAAGACCAUGCAUGUGGAGCCAGAGCGAAUUUGCGAGUUUAUUCCCCACCCCCUUGUUUCCUCCUGGACCAUCUGAUUCCCCCUUCCUGCUCUCCUCUUCCUGCUCUGCCCCUUCCUGUCCCAACAGGAAAUGCGAGAUGCUCACUUCAAUUCCCUUGCAAGGCGGACCCCUUGCGUGUUUUUCCCCUCCCCCUUUCUCACCUUUUCCUGUUGUUGUUUUUAAAUUUUUUUUUUUGGUCUUUUGGAAAAGCAACAGGUGUUUGAGCAGUCAACUACAUUGCGAAACCAGCCAGCCAACCAAUAUAUGGAUAUGUGCAGUCGCCGCCCGAGGGGCUCCCUCGCCGUCGCAAAGACGGUGACAGCGGAGUGAAAAAGGCAGCUCGGCAAUUCACGAUACAGCGGGGAUUCUGCAGAAUUUGCAAAAAAAAAAAAAAAAAGGUUUGCAAAUUUUGGAAAAAUUAAUUGCAAAUUUUGCAAGAAUUUUUUUUUUUUUUUUUUGCAAAUUAUGCAAAACAUUUUUUUGAAAAUUUUGCAAAACAAACAAAUAGCAAGAAAUCAAUUUGCCACGGUAGGUGGAAUCACUUUGGCGGUCGCUGUGUAUCUCUAUAUAUGCCUUUUUUCCUCUUUCCUGUACCAAUGCACGACCUUCUUUUGGGGCUGGAGUGACUUCUGUUUGCAUGCCCAGUGCAACAACAAAGAAAAAUGAUUCUUUUUUUAAAAUAGAAAUAAAAUAAAAAAUUAGAUUUUUAUUUUUUUAAGGGGGGUGGGGAGGACAUGAACCCCACCAGGAGAAAAAAAGAAAAAAAAGAACGGGGGAGGAGAAAAAAAAACCGAGGAAAAGAAAUGAGGAACAACUGAGUCCUUUCCAGGUAGACCUUGGAAAGAGAGAAGGAGGUAUCUUUCUGAGGAAAACAUGGCUCUGGCAUGGGGGAUCGGGGCCCAGCCGACUGACCCCAUUUGCUCGCGCCAACCUUGCAGGCCGAGAAGGUCCUUCAGUUUGAGCCGGGCACAAAGAAUGUGACGUCUCUCCUCCUGGAAGCCAAGGAACUGGAGGCCAGGGUGAUCAUCUUGUCUGCCAGGUGAGGGCCGGCCGGCGGGGCAUGGUUGGGGUCAGGUGAGUGGAGGCGACCCCCAUUUUUCCCUCGUUCAAACUCCUCCGAUGUUUCUCCCAUGAAAUUAUGGACGUCCUACCAUUCCCUCUGAGGUUUGUCUCAUGAAAAUAGGGACUUCCAAUUUCAUCCCUUCCAGAAUUUAUCCCAUGGAAAUAGGGACGUCCUACCACCCCCUCCGACCUUUCUCCCACGAAAUUAUGUACGAUGUACCAUCCCCUCUGACGUUUCUCCCAUGAGAAUAGGGACCUCCUAUUCCAUCCCUUCCAGAAUUCAUCCCAUGAAAAUAGGGAUGUCCUACUAGCCCCUCCGAUGUUUCUCCCAUGAAAAAAUGGACUUCCACUAUCGCCUCUGACAUUUAUCCCAUGAAAACAGGGACGUCCUAUUUCAUCCCUGCCAGAAUUCAUCCCACGAAAAUAGGGAUGUCCUAGCAUCCCCUCCGACGAUUUCCCCAUGAAAAUAGGGGUGUCCUAUUCCAUCCCCUCCAGAAUUCAUCCCAUGAAUAUAUGGACUUCUACCAUCCCCUCUGCUGUUUCUACCAUGGAAUUAUGGGUGUCCAUCACCGACUCUGACAUUUAUCCCAUUAAAAUGCUGACGUCCUACCAUCCCCUCUGACGUUUCUCCCAUGGAAAUAGGGACCUCCUAUUCCAUCUCCUCUGCCGUUUCUCCCACUGAAAUACGGACGUCCUACCAUCCCAACAGCCUUCUUCUCUUUCUCCAGUGAGGAUGACGCCACCACUGUCUACACGGCCGCAGCCAAAGAAAACAUGACAGGUCCCGGCUACGUCUGGCUGGUGGGGGAACGGGAGAUCUCCGGCAAUGCCCUACGCAAUGCGCCAGAAGGUAACCUGGGACCCCUCCCCAUGGUCCAGCUGCCCCAUGGUUGAUCACCCAGUAGUGCUCUCCUUCCCUUCUCUGAAUCCAUUCGGAGGUCUCCGCCCUGCAGUGGGUUGGCCUGGAUGACCUCUGGGGUCCCGGCCAACCCAGUCGUCUGUCUCCACCCCCCACCCCACCCCCGUCCCAGGUCUCAUCGGUUUGCAGCUCAUGAACGGCAAGAACGAGUCGGCUCACAUCCGGGACGCGGUGGCCAUAGUGGCCCAGGCGGUCCAUGACUUGUUUGAGAAGGAGAACAUCACCGACCCACCCAGGGGGUGCGUGGGGAACACCAACAUCUGGAAGACGGGGCCACUCUUCAAGAGGUAGGAGCGUCCUGGGCACCUCGGACCUGGGUUCUUUAUGGAGGGGGUGGUGGGGCGUCUGGAAUUUCAUGGGAGAAACGUCAGAGAUUAUUGUAGGACAUCCGUAAUUUUGUGGUAUAAACGUCAGAGGGGAUGGUACGAUGCCCGUAUUUUCAUGGGAUGAAUGUUGGAGAUGAUGGUACGAUGUCCAUAAUUUGGUGGCAUAAAUGUCAGAAGGGGUGGUAGGACAUCUGUAAUUUUGUGGUAUAAACAUCAGAGGAGAUGGUAGAACAUCCGUAACUUCAUGGGAGAAAUGUCAGAGGGGGUGGUAAGACGUCCGUAAUUUCAUUGGAGACAUUUCCAUCCCUCUGCAUCCCGAUCAACCCGCCUUCUCCCUAGGGUACUGAUGCAGACAAAGUACGCCGAGGGUGUGACGGGCCGGGUGGAGUUCAACGAGGAUGGGGACCGCAAGUACGCCAACUACAGCAUCAUGAACCUGCAGAACAACAAGUUGGUGCAGGUCGGCGUCUACAACGGCAGCCAUGUAAGUAUCCCUGGAUGGGAGGGCCCUGCCUGAUCCGGGGGUCAGACUGGCUGACCUUUAGGGGUCCCAUUCUGACUCUAUGGUCGUUUAACAGGGAAGGCUGGUAGAGAAGGUCUGGUCCCAACCUUUCUCUCCUCACCUCCGCAGUUCCUGCCCAACGACCGCAAGAUUAUCUGGCCAGGAGGAGAAACCGAGACGCCCCAGGGCUAUGAGAUGUCUACCAAGCUCAAGGUAUCAUCUCUGCUCCACCUCCCUCCCUAAUGUCAGCCUGGUGAGGAACAGUUGAAGGAGCUGGAAAAGAGGAGAGCAAGAGAUAUGAGAGCCACCUUCAAACAUCUCAAGAUGAUUGAGGGUCUGGAAGCCGAGGCUUACGAGGAACGGUCAAAGGAGAUGGCUCUUUUUAGCCCAGAAAAGAGGAGGCUGAGAGGAGAUGUUAGGGCCAUUUUCAAAGAUCUCAAGAUGAUUGAGGGUCUAGAAGCCCAGCCUUAGGAGGAACGGUUGAAGGAGAUGGAGAAGAGGAGAUAUGGGAGCCACCUUCAAACAUCUCAAGAUGUUUGAGGGUCUAGAAGCUGAGGCUUAGAGGAAAGGUUGAAGGAGAUGGCUCUCUUUAGCUCAGAAAAGAACAGGCUGAGUGGAGGUUAGGGCCAUCUUCAAACAUCUCAAGAUGUUUGAGGGUCUAGAAGCUGAGCCUUCGGAGGAACGGUUAGGAACUUAGGAGAAGAUGGAGAAGAGGAGACCAAGGAGAUAUGGGAACCACCUUCAAACAUCUCAAGAUGGUUGAGAGCCUAGAAGCUUAGCCUUAGCAGAAACGGUUGAAGGAGAUGGCUCUCUUUCAAUCUCUUUCAGAUUGUCACCAUUCACCAGGAGCCGUUUGUCUAUGUCAAGGAGACCCUGGCCGAUGGCAAGUGCAAAGCCCUCACCAACAGCACCGGUGGCUUGGUGCAGCAGGUCCUCUGUACGGGGCCCAACGAGACCAUGCCGGGUAUGUCUCGAACCCACAGCCGGGGCAUCGGGUCAGAAGCUCCCCCGCCAAGCGUCUCCAUUGGGCGGCAGGCCUCUCUCCUUCUUGGGAGGGUCUGCACUGCAUGGUGGAGAUGAGAUCCUCUUAGUCUAGACCAGGCUCCUCCAGAUGUGGUUGGCCUACACCUCCCAUGAUCCUUAGCUAGCAGGACCGGUGGUCAGGAACAAUGGGGAGGUGGAGCGAUUGAGAAGGUCCUCUCCGUUGGGGACCUUCUGGAACGGGCCUCAAUGGUCCCCCUUUCUCCUGCCCCACCAGGCCGCCCCAGCGUGAUGCUCUGCUGCUAUGGCUUCUGUGUCGACCUCCUGAUCAAGCUGGCCAAGACCAUGAACUUCACUUACGAGGUCCACCUGGUGGGCGACGGGAAGUUUGGCACGCAGGAGCGGGUGAGCGGGCCUCGGGAAGGCCGGACGGGCCACCCUCCAACUUCUCAGAAGACCUCCGAGGGUCCAGCCCCUUGGCCGGGGAUGGACAGACGGCGUCCCAUUGAAGAAGGGGAUCUGUGGGAAGUCGUUCCUGGAUCGGUUGGCUGUCCCCAUUGGCUUUCCGCCCACACUGGGGUGACCUGAGGAACCUUCAGGAGAGGGCUGGAGGGUUGUCCAUUCGUGAACUGCUUCCCAUAGCUUCUUCCUGCUAUCCCCUUUGACAUUUGUUCCAUAAAAAUAUGGACGUCCUACCAUCCCCUCUGAGGUUCUUCCCAUGAAAUUAUGGACGUCCUACCAUCCUUUCUGAUGUUCUUCCCAUGAAAUUAUGGACUUCCUACCAUCCCCUUUGACAUUCAUCCCAUGAAAAUACGGACGUCCUACCAUCAUCUCCCACAUCCAUCCCAUGAAAUUACGGACGUUCUACCAUCAUCUCCCACAUUCAUCCCACGAAAAUACAGACGUUCUACCAUCAUCACCGACGCUCAUCCCAUGGAAAUACGGACCUCCUUGCCCUUCUCACCCUGGCUCUGUCUCACCACAGGUGAACAACAGCAACAAGAAGGAGUGGAACGGCAUGAUGGGGGAGCUCUUGAGCGGUCAGGCGGACAUGAUUGUGGCUCCUUUGACCAUCAACAACGAGCGGGCCCAGUACAUCGAGUUCUCCAAGCCCUUUAAGUACCAGGGACUCACCAUCUUGGUGAAGAAGGUGGGUAGACAUGGCCAACGAACACUAGGCAUCACUGUGCCCCCCAGAGGGCUUGGUCCACAGAGGUGGCCACGCUCUGCUUUGGUCAAGCCGUUCCCGUUGUCCAUCUCCUUCCCUUUGCAAAGUCCCGAUGGAAUUUCUUGUGAAUAUAAUACAAUAUAACAUAAUAUAAUCAGCAUCCAUUAAAAUCCACCCAUAUAUGACAUCAAGGUCCAUCCUUGAAAGGCAUGGUGAGAAGAAGAGGAGAACCGUUCUCCUCAACCUUUGUGAGGAACCCUAAGCAACCCCUGCUGGGGUCUUCCCACAGCUACUGACGCCCACUUCCGGUUCUCCGUUGCAGGAAAUCCCCCGCAGCACCUUGGACUCGUUCAUGCAGCCGUUCCAGAGCACCCUGUGGCUCCUGGUGGGCCUCUCGGUCCACGUGGUGGCUGUGAUGCUCUAUCUCCUGGACCGUUUCAGGUAACUGCGGCCACCCCUUGGUCUUCCUCGUCUUCUCCACCACCUCCUCCUUCUACCCCUUGGUCUUCCUGGUCUCCUCCUCCUCCUUCCUCCUCCUUUCUCCUUCCUUCUCCUCCUCCCCCUCCUCCCCCUCCUCCUCCUUUCUUCCUCCUCCCCCUCCCCCUCCUCCUCCCUCCUCCUCUUUCUUCUCCUCCUCCUCCUCAUCCCUCUACCCCUCCUUCUACCCCUUGGUCUUCCUGGUCUCCUUCUCCCUCCUCCUCCUUCCUCCUUCAUUUUCCUCCUCCCUUCUCCUCCUUCCUUCCUCCUCCCCUCCUCCUCCUCCUCCCUCUAACUCUUCCUCUACCCCUUGGUCUUCCUGGUCUCCUCCUCCUCCUCCUUCCUCCUCCUUCUCCUCUUUCUUCUGCCCCUUGGCCUUCCUAGUCUCCUCCUCCUUCCUCCUCCCUCUAGCUCAUGGUCUUCCUGGUCUCCUCCUCCCUCCUCUACGCCUCUUUCCUCUACCCCUUGGUCUUCCUGGUCUCCUCCUCAUCCCAGAGGAGCAAGGAAAAGUUAUCCAGCUCUGCUUCCUCCCACCCAUGAAUGGGGGCAGGGACAAGGAACUGGACGGGCUGUUCCUCAAGACGUCACCAAAUUACGUACCCAUCAAUGAUGCAAAGGGACCUCUGUCCACUGACUUUGCAUCACUUAUUCCACCUGCGAACGACAUGAGGGAAACCAAGGAGUCCUCCCCGGACUUCUGGAGUUCCUCGCACCCGUGAGGUCCAGAAGCUUCUUUCCAUGGGGCAUCUUCUAAGACCUGCUACUUGAUGGACGGCUGACCGCUGGCCCCGCUUGCUCUCUUGCAGCCCCUUCGGCCGCUUCAAAGUCAACAGCGAGGAAGAGGAAGAGGAUGCCCUGACCCUGUCAUCUGCCAUGUGGUUCUCCUGGGGAGUCUUGCUCAACUCUGGCAUCGGAGAAGGUGAGUCUCUCCAGUGGGAAUGAUCUGGAUGGGUCCGUCCGUAAGAGGCUGCAAAGCAAAGGCUGGUGCCACCGACCCCAUAUCUUCUCCGAUAUUUCUCCCAUGAAAAUAGGGAGGUCCCACCAUCCCCUUUGACAUGGAUGAAAAUAUGGACGUCCUACCAUCCCCUUUGACAUUGAUAUGGAGGUCCUACCAUCUCGUUUGACAUUGAUGAAAAUAUGGACGUCCUACCAUCUUCUCCGACUUCCGUCAUUUCUCCCACGAGAAUAGGGAUGUCCAACUCAGCUUCUUCCCCUCUGGGUUCUUCCCCAGAAGACUAUCUGUCUUCUCGAGGUGUGGCACUAGAGAGCUUGGGUGAGGUCUAUCUCCCCAGGGUUUCGGUCCUUCAGAUGCUUGAGGACCAUCCCGAGCUGCCCUAUCUCUUCCAGGCGCUCCCCGGAGCUUCUCCGCACGGAUCCUGGGGAUGGUGUGGGCUGGAUUCGCCAUGAUCAUCGUGGCCUCUUACACUGCCAACCUGGCGGCCUUCCUGGUGUUGGACAGACCCGAGGAACGGAUCACGGGCAUCAAUGAUCCCAGGGUAAGCAUGGAAGGAGAACACCAAGCCUCCGACAUGUCUCCUAUGAAAAAAUGGACGUCCUACCAUCUUCUCUAACAUUUAUCCCAUGAGAAUAGGGACGUCCUACCAUCCCCUCUAGCAUUUCUCCCAUGAAAUUAUGGACGUCCUACCACCCCUUCUGACAUUUCGCCCACCAAAAUACGGACGUCCUACCUUCCCCUCUCCCAGCUGCGCAACCCGUCCGACAAAUUCAUCUACGCCACGGUCAAGCAGAGCUCGGUGGACAUCUACUUCCGCCGGCAGGUGGAGCUCAGCACCAUGUACCGCCACAUGGAGAAGCAUAACUAUGAAAGCGCCGCCGAAGCCAUCCAGGCCGUCCGGGACAAGUGAGUUGGACUCCUUUGACUUUUCCGGGCGGGUGGGCUGGGAGGACAUGGGGGACCAAUGGGGAAAGAGGCGUUGGAUUAUGGGAUUCCAUUUUUAUUUUUAUUUUUCAUCCAGGUAAUUUCCACGUAUUUUGACCAAUUAACAACCCACUGAUUUGAAGCCAACGCAAAGGCGAAGAAUUUUUGUGGGAAUUUGGCUGGGAUUUCUAAUAAAUUGUUUGGCUGGGAUUUCUAAUAAAUUUUGCUGGGAUUUCUAAGAAAUUUUGUUGGGAUUUCUAAGAAAUUGUUUGGCUGAGAUUUCUAAGAAAUUCUGCUGGGAUUUCCAAGAAAUUUGGCUGGGAUUUCCAAGAAAUGUGGCUGGGAUUUCUAAGAAAUUGUUUGUCUGGGAUAUCUCAGAAAUGUUUGCUGGGUUUCUAAGAAAUUUUCCUGGGAUUUCUAAACAAAAUGUUUUGCGGGGAUUUCUAAUAAAUUGUUUUGCAGAAAUAUAUAAGACAUUUUGCUGGAAUUUCAAAGAAAUUGUUUGGCAGGAAUUUCUAAGGAGUGGUUUGGUAGGAUUUUUAAGAAAUGGUUUGGCAGGGAUUCCUAAGGAAAGGUUUGGUGGGAUUUCUCAGAAAUGGUUUGCGGGGAUUUCUCAUAAAUGGUUUUGUGAGAAUUUCUCAGAAAUGGUUUUGUGGGAAUUUCUCAUAAAUGGUUUGGCGGGUAUUUCUCAGGAAAGGUUUGGCAGGAAUUUCUCGGGAACGAAUUUGCCGGGAUUUCUGAUCCUUUCCUUUCGGGACCGCUUCAUCCUGAGAAAAUCCUCCAUUGGAAGAGGGGGAGGGAAGGCUUCUAGAAUUUGCCAGGAGCGUUGAAGUCGACCCCCUUUUCCUGGUUACUGUUCCCACUUGUGUCUCCACCCAGCAAGCUCCACGCCUUCAUCUGGGACUCGGCCGUCCUGGAGUUCGAAGCCUCCCAGAAGUGCGACCUGGUGACCACUGGAGAACUCUUCUUCCGGUCUGGAUUUGGAAUCGGAAUGAGGAAGGACAGUCCCUGGAAGCAGAACGUCUCGCUGGCCAUCCUCAAGUCCGUACCCUCUCCCCCGCCCACGGGAAUGAUCCGGGGAAGGGGGUGGGGUUGGAGAACGCAGGACCCUCUGAGCAUCCUGGAUCGAUCCUGGAACUUCCCUUUCCCACUUCGGAGGAGAAACACAAGAGGACCUCUUUUCAUGGGAGAAAGGUCCAGGCAUCCCCUCUGGGGGAAAUCGGGAAAAUAGAAUAUCCAGGGUUUGAACCGGAAAGCUGCCAGCCACUCCAAAGUUCCUCCCCCCAAAAUUGGGGUGUUCCAGGAUCAAACCAGAACCCCGCCGGCCCUUCCGACGUUCCUCGCCCCCCAAACAUCAGGAUGUUCCGGGAUUGAACCCAGAAAGAGGGAGUCCGGUUGGGCCUGACCUCCUCUGGGUCUGUCAGAGAUGGCCGAGGAGCCUUCUUGGUCCAGGUUGGUCUCCUGGAGGACAGGAAGUGGUCUAGGGAACAGGAAGUGGGCUUUCCUGGGACUCCCUUGGGUCACCGUAAGAGAUUUGAGAGUCAUGGGGCGGGGCUUCACCUGGCCUCCCGCCCCACCCCCCAAUCCAUAUUUUAUUCAAGAUGGCGGUACCCCCCACUUCAGCUCUCUCCUCCCGUCCCACAGCCUCCACGAAAAUGGCUUCAUGGAAGAGCUGGACAAGACGUGGGUGAGGUACCAGGAGUGCGACUCAAGGAGCAACGCCCCAGCCACCCUCACCUUUGAGAACAUGGCAGGUGGGUUCCUAGACCUCCCCAUCCCCUCUGGAGCUCCCUUCCCUCAGGGAUCGGAGAAGAAGAGGUACGAGGGACACAGUCCAACCCAAGGCAAGACACAAAAUGUCCAGUGCUUAGCCCGGUUGUUAAGAAUAAGAGUAUUGAGAUGAUGGUGAUGGUGAUGGUGAUGGUGAUGGUGAUGGUGAUGAUGGUGAUGGUGAUCAUGAUCAUGAUGAUAAUGAGCGCCAAACUUAGAUUCACAAAAUGUUUAGGCCCGUAUGUAGCCCGGCUCUUAAGAAUCAGAAUAUUGAGAUGGUGGUGGUGAUGGAUGAUGGUGAUGGGUGCUUAGCCAGGCUCUUAAGAAUACAGUGGUACCUCGGGUUAAGUACUUAAUUCAUUCCGGAGGUCCGUUCUUAACCUGAAACUGUUCUUAACUUGAAGCACCCCUUUAGCUAAUGGGGCCUCCUGCUGCUGCCGCACCGCCGGAGCACAAUUUCUGUUUUCAUCCUGUAGCAAAGUUCUUAACCCGAGGUAGUAUUUCUGGCUUAGCAGAGUCUGUAACCUAAAGCGUAUGUAACUUGAAGCAUAUGUAACCCGAGGUACCACUGUAAGACUAUUGAGAUGAUAGUGGUGGUGGUGAUCAUGAUAAUGAUGGUGGUGAUCAUGAUGAUGAUGAUGAUGAGUGCCAAACUUAGAUUCAGAUUAUUAUUAUUAUUAGUUAUAUAUAUAUUACUGUUAUUGUUACUAUUGCCAUUUCUAACUACUACUGCUACCACCACCAUUUGUAAGUAUCCCUAUCCCUAUCGCUAUCCUUCUUCUUACGAUUGUCAUUUGUGAUUCCUAUUCUUAUUCCGGAUCCCCAUCGUUAUUACUAUCACGACAAUUGCCGCCAUGAUUACGAUUCUCACUCUGCUUCCUGGACGACCCUCAACUGUGGUGGCGGCGUGUGUGUGCGCGCUUCCUUCGAACCCAGCUCUCUGACCCUUCUUCCUCCCGCAUUUCGACCCCUCCCAGGUGUCUUCAUGCUGGUGGCCGGUGGGAUCGUGGCCGGAAUCUUCCUGAUCUUCAUCGAAAUUGCCUACAAGAGGCACAAGGACGCCCGACGGAAGCAGAUGCAGUUGGCGUUUGCUGCCGUCAACGUCUGGAGGAAGAACCUACAGGUAGGAAGAGGCCAUUUUUGGGAGGAGAAGAGACCUCUGACGGGGGGCAGGUAACCCACAAAACCGCCGGAAAAAACACCAACACAUGUGGGACUUCCAUUUUUUAAUUUCCGUUUUUUAAUUUGGAGGUCUUUUUCCAUUUCCCAUUCCUUCACCCCAACAGUCACUACGGUGCCGAAGGGGAGUAGUAUUAGGGGGACGCUCUCUCCGUGGCCCCCACUUAUGGGGUGGGGGAACCCCAUAAGAGUCACUCCUUCCAGAAGGGCGGAGGGUUGCUUUGGAUGACCCCUGGGGGACCUCACUCAUCCUGGGAAGGCCUUUGAGGGCCCCCUACCCUCCUAAAUAGGGGGGCAAAUGCCCCAAUGGAAAUAGGGGCGUCCUAUUCGAUCCCCUGCAAUGGGAAUAGGGGCGUCCUGUCAAUUGGGGUCUGUCCAUCCCUGCGUCCUGCAGGCUCGAAUUUUGUAGGGCAUCCUGAGCGCAAUUGUCACUGCCAUUUUUCACAUGCCAACUUUCUACAGAGGAGAAACACUUCCCUGAGUUGACGGCAGGUCCGGUCCGGGGUUUGGGGGGCUGUCCGAGAUAUGGGGGGUCCAGGAUUUUUUGGGUGGGGGCCAUGGGCCGAGCAUGCCCACCCACCCCACCCCACGGCCGACGAGGAAAGCCGACGCUCCAGAGAUCCGUUUGACAAUGAAAGACUUUUCCGCAGGAGGAACCCUCCGGCCACUAGUACAAUGCUAGAAGGUAGGCGAGCGGGAAGAUUUCUUUGUUCAAUAAAUACCAAUUUUAAAAAAUCAAUUAAAAUAAAAAUCAAUUUUAAAAAAUAAAAAAAUGUAUACACACACACACAUGCAUACAUACAUAUACAUAUAAAUACACAUAUACAUAUUAUAUAUAUAAUUAUAUAUAUGUGUGUGUGUAUAUAUAUGAAUAUGUAUAUAAUAUAUAAAUUAUUUAUAUAUGCCUAUAUAUAUAUAAUAUAGUAUAUAUAUAUAUAUAUAUAUAGUAUAUAUAUAUAUAAUUUAUCUAUGUGUAUAUAAUAUAUAUAAAUAUAAUAUAUAUAUAACCAUAAAUAUUGCAUAUAAUAUAUAUAUAAUGUAUAUAUGUAUAUGUAUGUGUGUGUAUAUAUAUGCACACACAUGGGUGUUUCUUUUCAAAUUAUUAUUUGAAAUCAUGGGCAGGGUAGAAUUAAUAAAUUGUUGUUAUUAUUAUUAUUAUUAUUUGGUUUUGGUCACCCUUCCGCCAUGGCGCAACACUGUGGCAAGCCACGCACUGAUACCUCUAGAUCAAUAUAUGUAUAUAUGUAUAUAUAUAUGGGGGGUAUCUCCCUAUCUAUAUAUAUUUAGAUAUAGAUCUUCAUCCAUUCCAUCCUAUUAAUUGCUUUUUUCCUAUGCAUGCACAGGGGAGUGGGGGCGGGGAAGAGGAACAUCGGGAACAGAAGCAGGAAAUGGAUUCAUUUCCAGUUGGCCCCCCAACCCAGAUGUGGAGGAGCCAGACCUGGUCUCUCCCCCCCAAAAAAUCCCUAAAUCCAUAGGGGGAGUGGUCAGAAAUGGGGUUCCCCAAGGGGAGGAUACAGAGGCUUCAGAUCGGGGACCCCCUCCCCUAAAACCCCCCCAAAAUCCACCAUAGCCCAAAGGGGUGGGGUCAGAAAUGGGGUUCCACUCCCAAAAAUGCCCCCCAACCCCCCCAAAACCAGGUCUGGUUCCCUCCCGCCCGCCCGCUACCCUUGAUUCCCUGGCCUCUCCCCCCCCCUCCUUGAUGGCUUACAUUCCUGCUCCGCCCCCCCAACCCUCAGCUCUCUCCUCCCCAUUUAACUCCCCUCUUGGAUUCCUGCCCGGGAUCCCUCCUUAAAGCAGCCCCCAGCUUCCGGCGGCCGGUUUCAGGAGACCUAUAUACCCUUUUCAAACCCCCUCCCCCCAAUAUUGGUUUUCCUUUCUUUUUUAAUUCUGAUUUUUUACCCCCCCCAUUCCACCCCAUUAACAUACAAUGACCUCCCUUCUCUUCUGAUGCAGUCUUCUCUCUAUCUCCUGGCCGUAGGACCUGCCUUGACCAAAGGCCCCGGUCCUAUUUAUUUAGGGGUAGGUGGAAAAAGUCUCUCCCCCCCUCUAGAAGAUGGAAGGAAGGGGGUGCCAGCGACCGGCAGGGACCAUCCCCGGCCCCCAAUAGGGUGGGGGCCCCUCCUCUCCAAGAUCCUGAUAGGAGGCCCUCAGAGAUGCUGCAGGAACCCAACGAUGCUCGUAGCCCCGCCCCCGCCCCACCCCCCAACCCCACAUAAAGGGUCCUCACGUAUAGUUUCCGUUGGACGUACUUCCACCCUUUCUGAUGUUCGCCCAUGAAAUUAUGAACGUCCUACCAUGAAAUUAUGGAUGUCCUAGCACCCUUUCUGACGUUCUUCCCAUGAAAUUAUGGACAUCCUAGCACCCUUUCUGACGUUCUUCCCAUGAAAUUAUGGACGUCCUACCAUCUCCUUUGACGUUCCUCCCAUGAAAUUAUGGACAUCCUAGCAACCUUUCUGAUGUUCCAUGCAAUUAUGGAUGUCCUACCAUACCUUCUGACGUUCUUCCCAUGAAAUUAUGGACGUCCUACCAUCCUCUCUGACGUUCUUCCCAUGAAAUCAUGGAUGUUCUACCAUCCCCUCUGACAUUCCUCCCACGAAAUUAUGGACGUCCUAUCACACUUUCUGACGUUCCUUCCACGAAAUUAUGGACGUCCUACCACACUUUCUGACAUUCCUACCACGAAAUUAUGGACAUCCUACCAUCCUCUCUGACAGUCCCACCACCAAAUUAUGGACAUCCUACCAUGACGUUCCUCUCCAGAAAACAGGGUCUUCCUACCACCCCCUCCCACCAAUGCUUGGAGUGUUUCCGACCCGAACCACCCCGUCCAAGACCUCCAAAAUCGCCCUCUCGGCGGGAACCUGCCCCGUUUGCCCCAAAGAUGGGAUGGUUUGAGAGCAACUGUACAUCCUCUCUGACAUUUCUCCGGGAGUUGGGGGAGAGGAAUGUCUGGUUCCUCCCCCUUCCAUGAAAAGAGGGACUUCCGAUUCCAUUCCAAGAAGGGGAUCUUCUCCCACCCCGUCCCGUGUAAUUCAGGUAUGUCCGUGAAAAGGACAGUGGAUCCGCUCAGAGUCUGGGUCAGCUCCCAAGACCGGCCGAGCCUAAGAUGGCCGCUCGGAAGGUCAGCGCUCGGAGGGGCCCUCCGGAUCCCGGCCGCCCUGUAGGGCAGGAGGAGCACACCAGGCGAGCAAGGCAGCCCGUGAAAGCAAGGCACAGUGUAGACGCGGCGGCCGGUGGCGGCCGUCCGGAGAUCUAACCGCUUAUGUACAUGUUCGUUUUAGGAUAGACCAAGUGCUAGAGCAGAACCAGGCCCUAGAAUGAAAACCACUUUUAGGUCCAUCACAUCCACGCUGGCCAACAGCUUCAAGAGCCGUAGGUCCUGCAGAGACACGGUAAGAAGAAGACAACCAGUUGUGCCCUCCUUCUUUCUCUCUCUCUUUCUCCUGCCAUCCCAUCAACCGCCCCAUCUCACAGCUGCCAUGGCCCCGUGUCCGUCCUCUGUCAGUCCGUCUCCACCGUCUGUCCCAAAGAUCAAGGGCUCCCUCUUCUCACCGUACGUGGUUUGUUUUCCUUUCUGUUCCGACCCCCUGAAAAACCCAGAUUUUUCUUUCCCCCCCUUUUGAUUUCCAGUCCUUCCCGUCCUGGUCCAUGCCCGGAAAGCGGUCCGCCGUGCCGUCUUCCCCUCGUCCGUCCCCUGCCCCGCCAUCUCCAGCCGUCUCCCGCCUCUGCACUUUCUGUGGGAUUCAGGCAAGGGUCAUGGCCUCGCCUGGCGCAGUGUCUCUCGUCACCUUCUUUACCUGUGCUUUCCGUCCGUGGCUUCCUUGGAAACGACAAGGCGGGGGAGGGGCCCUCCGUCGUCGGGCGGACGGCCGAGCUCCAUUGCUUAGCCCGCGCCAAUGUUUCUCCCGUGGAAACAGGGGCGUCUGGCCAUCCUCUCUGACAUUGACCCGACAGAACCGGCAACCCAAGUCCCCCCGGGCCAGAUCCGGCCAUAGCUGUCAACUUUUCCUUUUUCUUGCAAGGAAUCCUAUUUGGAAUAAGGGAAUUUCCCUUUAAAAAAGGGAACCAUUGACAGCUAUGUAUCAGGCCUACCCGGGUCCUCAAUCCGGGAAGCCGGAUCCGUAAUUCUCGGCAACACUGAUGGGACCAAGAGCGGUGGCGGCUCAGCCGCUCCAACGCCACACCCGGUUUGCUCUGGCGGCAUUUGAUCGGCAUGAACGGCCCCACCCUGUGCUUGGAUCUGGGCGCAGUGUGGGAUUGGUCGAGCCGCCACCUCUCGGCCUCUUUGUCCCAUCGUUGUUGCCAAUAAUCCUGGGUUCUGGCUUCACUACGCCUCUUCCUCCCGCCGCCGCUCGGCCUCUUCUGCCACUGCCACCUGCCGCCCUGGUGCCCCUAGGGUAAGGUUCCCAGGUGUCCCUGUUUCCCAGGGACCGUCCCCGGAUUUACAAAUCCUACAAAAUCCAUGGAGAUUGAAAAGCAUCCCCGGAUUCAUGGGGGGAAAUCUGGUCACCUUAUUCUACGGGCCAGAGAGCGAGCGAACAAGCUCACUCUGCCUACUCACGAGAAGCGGCGGUGGCAGUGGCAGCAGCCCCUGGGAAGCUGGGGCUGGGGGGUGGAGAGGAGGACAAUUUGACCCCCCUUGCCUCUUCUUCCAGCUCCACCCCCCAGUUCCACUUCUCCAGCCCGCCACAAGGUCUGUGGUACACUAGACCGGCCGGCUGCUAGAAAAAAUUGCCAACCCCUGUCCUGUUCCAUACCUGCCGACAUUUCUCCCAUGAAAAUAUGGACGUCCUAUUUGGUACCUCCCAACAUUUCUCCCAUGAAAAUACAGACCUCUUACAAUCCCCUCUGACAUUUCCCCCAUGAAAAUAUGGACGUCCUAUUCCCUAUCUGCCAACGUUUCUCCCAUGAAAAUAGGAAUGUCCUUAGGAAAAGCGGGAUCAACCCCGGACCCAACGGAAACUGCCAUGGCUUCUUCAGAUCUUGGGCUGUCCCUGCAAAAUAGGGACCCUGGGAUAUCUGUUAGGAUCCCUCAUCCCAAUCUGUUGAUAGGCUGGGAAUGAGGCCAAGGCAGGACAACCUGAACUUCCACAAUCUGCAGACUUUCUGCAGUAUUCCUAUGUGCAGGCAGUUCCCCAGUCAGAUGAGUGGGGUAUUAUUAUUAUUAAUUUAUGUUAUGGCUCUUUGGCAACAAUAAUUGUGGGGGUGGGGGUGGUGAUGAUAAAAAUAUAAUAUAAUAAUAUAAUAUAAUAUAAUAUAAUAUAAUAUAAUAUAAUAUAAUAAUAUAAUAUAAUAUAAUAUAAUAUAAUAUAAUAUAAUAAUAUAUAUAUAUAUAUAAAAUCAUCAUCAUUAUCAUUAUUAUCACCAGGUAGGCAGCUGUGUUGGUUUGAUGCAGCAGAAAUAAAAUAAUAAAUAAUAAUAAUAAUACUUAUUAUUAUUAUUAUUAAUGGUAGUUAAUAUAUUUCACAAAACCUCUCCCAUGAUUUCUCAAACUUAUUCCAAAAGGCGUUGGGCUACAAUUUCCUCUGAACAUCCUCCUGUAUCAAUGUGAAGAUUGCUGUCCCUCUCUCGGAUCAGCCCCAAAUAUUGCUCACUGUUUCCGCUCAGGAUUUCAUCUGAAAAUUCUCCUGUAUCAAUGCUAAGAUCACUGUCAUUUUCUUGGAGACCAGCCCUGAAUAUUCCUCACCGCUACUCCUCCGAAUUUCCUCAUCAAAUCCUCCCAUAUCAGUGCCAAGAUCACCGUCACAGCCCCCCCCAAAAAAACACAUUAAAACACCCUUGAAUUUCAAGGAUGUUUAAAUGAGUAUUCAAGAUUGUAAAACAGAAAAAAAAUAAUUGAAAAAAAUAUAUAUUUAAAAAGACACACAUUACAAAACCAGUAAAAACAAUUCUAAUAAAAACAUAAUAAUUAAUUUAGUAAUAAUAAUAAUAAUAAUAAUACUUUUUAUUUAUACCCCGCCCUCCCCAGCCAGGGCCAGGCUCAGGGCAGCUAACACCAAAUAUAAAUUACAAGAAAACAUAAUAGGAAAAACCCAAGAACAGUUAAUUUAAAUACAGCUUAAAAUGCAGCCUCAUUUUAGUAGUAGCCCAUAAAUCAAGCCCAUAAAGAGAAGAAACAUCAGAACGAUUAUUAUUAUUACUAUUAUUUUAUUUUAUUAUUAAUUACUAUUAGCAGUAGUAGUAGUAGCCUAUAAAAAGGUAAAGGGACCCCUGACCAUUAGGUCCAGUCCCGGACGACUCUGGGGUUGUGGCACUCAUCUCGCUUUAUUGGCCGAGGGAGCCGGCGUACAGCUUCUGGGUCACGUGGCCAGCAUGACUAAGCCGCUUCUGGCGAACAAGAGCAGCGCACGGAAACGCUGUUUACCUUCCCACCGGAGCAGUACCUAUUUAUCUACUUGCACUUUGAGGUGCUUUCGAACUGCUAGGUUGGCAGGAGCAGGGACUGAGAAACGGGAGCUCACCCCGUCGCGGGGAUUUGAACCGCUGACCUUCUGAUCAGCCAGUCCUAGGCGCUGUGGUUUAACCCACAGCGCGACCCGCAUCCCGUAGUAGAAGAAGAAGAGUUUGGAUUUGAUAUUCCGCCUUUCACUCCCUUUAAGGAGUCUCAAAGCGGCUAACAUGCUCCUUUACCUUUCUCCCCCACAACAAACACCCUGUGAGGUGAGUGGGGCUGAGAGACUUCAGAGAAGUGUGACUGGCCCAAGGUCACCCAGCAGCUGCAUGUGGAGGAGCGGAGACGCGAACUCGGUUCCCUAGAUUACAAGACUACCGCUCUUAACCACUACACCACACUGGUUAUAGUAGCCCAUAAAUCAAGACCAUAAAGGGAGGAAACAGAAUUAAAAAGCAGUUUAACAGCAUGUCAAUCCGUUCUCAUCCCUUUUUAUUUAUUUUUAAUCCAUUUCCCGAUUUUGUGUCCAUUUGCCACGGCAGGUUCUUCCUUGUUGGGUGUCCCAAGCCAUCACUCCGUGGCAUUCCGGCUCCACCUCAUUUUGCUGAAUUUAUUCCUCCCUCCCAUCCAUUCCCUCAUUCCGCUGAAUAUUCAUCCAUUCCUUCCUUCCUCCCAUCCAUUCCCUUGUUCUGCUGAAUAUCCAUCCCUUUAUUCCUUCCUCUGAAUAUCCAUCCACUUAUUCCUUCCUCUGAAUAUCCAUCCAUCCAUUCAUUCCUCCCUCCCAUGUCUAAUCAACAUUUGCAGAAUUCCAGCUAUUUUCAAGGAGCAGAUUACACCAAAGCAAUCUGUCAAAAUUAUUAAAUCAGGAUUCUGAUCCACAUUUGCAGGAUUCCAGCUGUUUCCAGGGAGCCGAUUGCAGCAAAGCAACCCGUCCAAAUCAUUCCACAAAAUUUGAUUUAAUUCCCAGAUAUUUUCCCCAUUGUGCAUGGAACGGCAUGCUUUCUGGAACGGUCGCCACGUGGGCAGGAAAGUUCCCUCUCCCUCUCCAAACCACCGGCCCAUUUUGAAGACCCUCAAUUAUGCAUGUAUCUGAGUUGGCGGGGCAUCGGGUUCGACCUCAUCCCCCCCCCUUUGGCAUCUUUCCAAAGGUCCCAGAUAUCGAAAGGUCCACCUGGGGUGAAAGCCAACUUCUCAGCCAUCUUGAAAUUCUGAUUUUCCCCCCUCUCUUUCUCUCCCCAUCAAAAGGACACCUGGGAGGGUGGCAUUCCAGAAGGGGAAAGGUCUCGGCCGGAAAAGAUGGCUUCCCGCCUUCGCAAACUCCCCCUGCAUGACUCUCCGUUUAUUCCUCCCGUUCGUAACCGCAGGGAUUUAUAAAAAAUGUCUCUCCCUCGGCGGUGGGCAUUUGCAUAGCCUCCGACAUUUCUCUGAUGGAAAUAGGGACGUCCUAUUCCAUCCCCACCGACAUUUCUCCCAUGAAAAUAGGGACGUCCUAUUCCACCCCUUUCAACGUUUCUCUGAUGAAAAUAGGGACGUCCCAGGAACAGCGGAACCUUCCGGGAUCCCGGCGGAAACCGGGCUGGAUUCUUCUAUCCUGGGAGAGAGAUGGAUGCUUGGAGGGUCUGCUUCCUCGGGUGGCUUUCCCUUCUAGGCAUUCCAGCAUGGAGGGCGGAGGGAGGAGGAGGAGGAGGAGAAACGCAGCUCCGGGUUGGCCGGGUUGGCCGGGCGGAGUCCCGCUUUCCCGGGGUGGUGGUUUCGGCGGUGUCCCCGGGUUCGAAGCCGGCUUUCGAUGUAAUAGACCAUCCCUUUGAUGCGCCUGCUCCCUACAGACACCCCCGCGAGGCCGCCACACCCAGAGUCCGUGAGCUGCAGAUAAAGCCCUGUAGAGAAUUCCCGGCUUCAGGAGUUCCUCCACAAAGGGUGGGAUCUUGUUGUGAAUGUUGAUGCAUUUUUGUCCUGUAUCCAAAGUCCUGUUUGAUCUUGUGGGAUGGGUGGUGGUGCUGGUGGGGGGAACAACCGGUCGUCCCCUUCCGGGACAUCCCAGAAAAGGGCCGGGCGGGAGAGGAGUAGGGCCGGCCAUCUUGGAAAAAGUGACUCCUUUGCGAGCCGAGUCGAUGAGCUUUUUUCCCGGAGGGAGUUUCUCGGCGACCACAAAGGGAGAGUCGUCGGCAGAUUUCGAAGGGGAUCGACCCAAAAUUGCCAAGGGGUCGAAGCUGCCGGGUGGUUCCAAAGGGGAUCGGCCCGAAAUGGCUGAGCUAGCGGGUGCUGCUUUCCGGGGGAAGGGGCUGCGCUGCGUGGGGGAGUGGGCCCCUGCCCCAUGUGGCUGCCCCCCCGGGGAGAUCCCUGAGGGACGAUGCGCUCCAACCGGGAAGGAGCUGAGCCGAAUGGAAACAGGGGGCGGGACAUGACGACACAGGUCAGGGUUCCAAAAUUAGUAGGGUGGCAGUAUGUCAGGGUCCCUAAAAUGGGAAGGGUGUCCCUACAUUUGGCUCCGCCAACAUUGUGGCACCCUGACAUUUUUUGUGGGAAGAGAGUGGAUCUCCGGAGAUUCCCCGCUUGGUGCUCGCAGCCUUGAAAGCAUCCCGGUUCGGAGGCACAGAAUCUUCCUUGAGCGGUUUCCUGCCGGGGCGGCGGCGGCCUGCAGGGGUGGCGUGUGUCUCAGCUGCACUCUGGCCCGCCUCUGCCUGAUCGCCGGCCCUCCCCUGUGUCUUGUCUUUUGUCUCCCCCGCAGCAGUACCACCCCACCGACCUCGCGGGGCAGCUCAACCUCUCGGACCCCUCGGUCAGCACCGUGGUGUGA